AAAAUGAAAUUUGACAACAUACUCACAGAAAUUGGCGGGGUUGGAAAAUUCCAAAUUAAGUUAAUCUUGAUCCAGGUCCUUUCUCGAGUCACGCUACCUUGUCACUUCCUGCUGAAUAACUUCAUGGCUGCGGUUCCCUUUCACUACUGCAACAUCAGCGCACUGGAUAACUACAGCAUCUCCUCAAAUUUAAGCUUGGAGCAGAAGAUGGCUGUUGCUAUUCCGACAGAGUUGGAUGGGACUCUGAGCUCCUGUCUAAUGUUUUCCAAGCCUCGACAUCCGCAUCUUUUGAACAGCAGUGAGGAGCCAUCUAUUGUUCAGUGUCAAAAUGGAUGGGUGUAUGACAAACAAGAUUUUCAAUCAACGUUGGCAACAGAAUGGGAUCUUGUGUGCAGCAGGAAAGGUAUGAACAAGGCAACGGCCACCAUCUUCUUCAUUGGUGUCAUGUGCGGAGCCCCUUUAUUUGGAUAUCUUAGUGACCGGUUUGGCAGGCGGCGGAUGCUGUUGGUGUCCUAUUUGUCAACAAUGACGUUUGCCGUGCUAAGUGCGUUCUCCACAUCCUAUGUAAUGUUUGGAGUAAUGCGUUUUUUUACCGGGAUGUCCCUAUCUGGAAUAAGUAUCAUCUCCAUUGUUCUAAAUUUAGAGUGGUUGGGUGUGGAACAGAGGACUCUCUUUGGUAUCAUCUUCAGUUUUGAUUGGACACUCGGAAACUGCGUUUUGGUUGGAAUUGCAUACAUGGUAAACGAGUGGAGGCUCCUCAUUCUAGCUGUAACUUCACCCCUAAUACUGUCCCUGGUUGCUUGGAGGUGGCUUCCAGAGUCUGGGAGGUGGCUCAUGGCUAAAGGGAAGGUGAACGAGGCCCAUUAUUACAUCAAUCAAUGUGCAAAAAUGAACAACAGAUACACGUACAUGGCCUCCAUCACGCCAAUGUCAUUACUGGAAUCUGUUGAAACUGAAACCAAUGACAAGAAGUACACUUUUCUUGAUCUUUUCAAAACAACAAACAUACGAAAAAUUGCCAUAUGCUCUGGCAUUGUAUGGUUCGGUGUUGCAUUUACCUACUAUGGAAUAAGUCUGAAUAUCAGUGGGUUUGGGUUAAACCUGUACCUCACUCAAUUUAUAUUUGCAUCAACGGAACUGCCAAUGAAGAUUGCCCUUUAUUUCUUAAUGGAAAAAAUUGGGAGAAAAGUUUCUCAGGCAGGGACCUUGCUCUCGACUGGGCUCUUCCUAUUCAUCAACAUGUUUGUCUCAAAAGAAAAGUGGAUCAUUCGUACAAUUUUUGGAGUCCUAGGUAAAGCUGUGUCUGAAGCAUCGUUUACAGUCAUAUUCUUCUACACAAUUGAGUUAUAUCCUACAGUUAUACGACAGAAUGGUGUAGGUUACACAUCCUUUGUGGCACGGCUGGCCGUUUCUAUAUCUCCAUUGAUUGUUCUUCUUGAGGAUAUGUGGCCUCUCCUACCCUCUAUGACUUACUGCGGAAUGGCAGUUGUGUCUGGUUUAGUGGCAUUACUCCUGCCUGAAACCCGAAAUACAAAAAUGCCUGAGUUCAUUGAGGAUAUUGACAAACCAAGGGAAAAAAUAACUGCGGCUAAGACCAUCUAAUGAAGAAUGAAAUUGUGUACAGCCUGUUCAAGUUUUUUUCAGUCUGCCCAGGAAAGGAAACAACUCUGGAACUGCAAAAGUACUUGGCAAUAAAGUUUGAAAACUCAAGAACUUACUCUUCAUUUGACUGGAACUAGAGGCGACAAUAACCUAUGUUAUGCAAAUGUGUGGAAAUGAUUACAAAUGAGGAUUAGACAUUGGAAGAGUUAUGUCAGGGGCAUUUUUAAAAAUUUGGUUUGGAAAUAUGGAAAUAAGUUGGAAGAAUGUGUGUGUAAUUAUAAAAGAUUUAUGUAUUGACCUAUUCAACUUUCAAAGGUGGCUGAUGUAUUGUUGUACAGCAGAGACCCUGUGAGGGGGAUUAAAGAAGUACUGUAUUAUUUGACCUGAUAUUAUAAUUUUUUUGUCAUUGCUGUUUCUGGCUGCAACGCUCCAAUUGGAAGAAUGACAAUUUAAAGUGAACCUCACAUGCAUGUUUUUGGAAUGUGGGAGGAAAAAGACAAAAAUAAAAAAGAAACUGGGAAGAACAUACACAUAAACUCAACCUUUGAGAUUUUGUUUGUUUGUUUUCAUUUGAUUUGAACUCUGAACCUUGCAA